CCAAGCCGAAAUGAACCACAUUCUACGACCACUUCUGGACAAAUGCGUGGUGGUGUACCUGGAUGACAUACGCAUCUACUCGCGCGACAUGAAGCAGCACGUCGAACACCUGCGACGCGUCUUCGAAAUUCUUCGACGGGAACGAUUCUACGUCAAACUGUCCAAGAGCGAAUUCGCCCUUGAAAAGGUCCAAUUCCUAGGACACAUGGUGAGCGCUCAAGGAGUUCACGUCGACCCCAAGAAAGUCGAAGCCGUACGUACGUGGAAGACACCCGAGAACGUGAAGGAGUUGCAGCAGUUCCUAGGCUUCGCUAAUUACUACAACAGGUUCGUGCCACAGUAUGCGAAACUCGCGGCACCACUCACGAAUCUGCUGAAGAAGAACACGCCCUACAAAUGGGAGACGAAGCACCAGGAAGCCGUGGAGCAACUGAAACAAGCACUGACAUCCGCACCGGUACUCAUCUUGCCAGAUCCCGAACGUGACUACGUCAUUGAAGCAGACGCCAGUGAUCAGGCCGUGGGUGCAGUCUUAAUGCAAGACCAGGGGAAUGGACUGCAACCAAUUGCCUACCUCAGCAAGAAACUGCACGGGGCAGAACUCAACUACCCGAUACACGACAAAGAGGCUCUUGCUAUCAUCAUCGCCUUCAAAGCGUGGAGAUGCUAUCUCGAAGGACGAAGAACGACCGUCUACACCGACCACUGCAGCCUGAAAUAUUUGAAGACACAACCCAACCUUUCCAGGCGGCAGGUCCGGUGGAUCGACUUCCUCGAGACACACUUCCACUACGACAUCGUGUACAAGCCCGGCCACAAGAACAAAGCAGACGCUCUCAGCCGGCCUGCACACGUUGCCGCGAUUCAGGUCGAAGGGAUGAAUCCACUACUCAAGGGACUCUUCACCCACGGGUACGCCAUCGACCCCGAAAUUUCCUUGGCAGAAAAGCGACAUCUGCUACAGUGGGACAGUGACAUCGCGUACCGGAAAGGAUCAACAAAAAUCUGGGUACCCAAUUACCCUCCUUUGCGCCAGUUACUACUCGAAGAAUACCACGACGUCCUGUACGCCGGACACUUCGGUAGCAACAAGACGCUCACCGGUAUCGCCAAACACUACUACUGGCCCCAUAUGGCAGACGACGUCCAGAAAUUCGUCACCUCGUGUGAUACAUGUCAGCGGAUGAAGAGCAGCAAGCAGAAAAAGGCAGGACUACUGCAGCCUCUUCCUGUCCCAGAACAACCAUGGCAAGUGGUUAGCCUGGACUUCAUCACCGGGUUACCACCUACCUCCAGCGGUCAUGACGCCAUCCUUGUCGUCAUUGACAAGUUCUCCAAAAUGGGACACUUCAUCCCGACACACACGACGGCACGCACCGAGGAGACAGCACAGCUCUUCGUUCAUCACAUCAUCUCACAGCAUGGCAUCCCAACUACACUCAUCUCCGACCGAGACCCCAAGUUCACUAGCAAGUUCUGGAAGGAACUUAUGUCUCUGCUCGGCACCAAACUCGCCAUGUCAUCCGCAUACCAUCCGCAGACAGACGGACAGACCGAGCGCCUCAACCAAAUUGUUGAGCAACUCCUCCGAGCAGCCUGCAAGGACGACAUCUCCAAAUGGGACUUGCACCUGCCCGUACUCGAGUUUGCUUACAACAAUGCUACACAUGCCGCUACUGGACAGACGCCGUUCUUCCUCUGCUACGGACGCCACCCACUCACACCACAAAAACCGACAGCAUCAGCUACAUGACCCAGACGCCCUCGACAUCCC